GAGGACUCAACCUUGUAUCUGUCCCAUUAUGGKGUCUGUGAGAGCAYGGGCAGYGCCAUUGAAGCCAUCUCCAUACWGAAGUAGUCAAUUAUCCUCUUCUGUUACUUCUAUGAGUUGGUUAACAAAUUGAAAGGGUGCAUACUGCCCCCUGGAGGGUGUUGUUUGAACAGGUAUAAGGCCAAGCUUGGUGAUUUACUGCCAGCUGCAGUUAUGGAAUGUUUGCUGAUCCCUCAUGCUGACCUGAAUGGAAUUAUAUGAUUCUUCCUCAACCCAUUGGAAAUUACACUGAGUUGACAACUUCAAAAUGAGUUGACCGAGGUGGGAUUACCUGAACCUGGAAGCCAUCCCCAGCUAGAUAGAUUUCCAACAUGGUGGAAGAUGGCACUAAGAAUGGAGGAAGAAGUCAGGAGAUGGCAGAAGGUAGCAGAUACUGCUGCUGGUCCGGUGUUCGCUGCCGUUUCCUCAUCCUGCUCGUCACAGUGGCGGCCAUCUUGUUCUUCACCAACCACCGGUCAGCAGAGUGUSUCCCAAGAUGGUGGGCAGAAUACCAUGGUCGUUCAGUCAACACCAGUAGGGAAGUAGUUUCUCUCAACUUCACUGACUUUACCAUAGACGCUCAUGAAACUGCAUCUGCCAAUUCAACAGAUCGUCAGACUUCACUUAUCCACUCUACUCAACAGGCCAUCAAACUCAACACAACACAUAAUGAAACUAGUUCCGUCACGUCUGCACUGACCAUCACUGAUCUGAUCACAGAGGUCAAGGCAGUUCGGGCCACUCCUCCUCCGUAUKUGUCCCCAGGACCGUACCAUGUAGAAUACCCAUCAGAGUACAUCUUCAUCCUGGAUGAGCCAGAGAAAUGCCGGGAGCAGAACCCCUUCCUGGUUCUGAUGGUGCCAGUGGCGCCCUAUAACAGGGACGCUCGUGAGGCCGUCCGCAGUACUUGGGGCAGUGAGAGGCAGGUACUGGGCAAAGAGGUCCGUCUGUUCUUCCUGCUGGGACUGCCCAGUGGAGAGGAGACAGAGCAGCUCCAGGAGAAGGUGCUGCAGGAGAGCAAAGAGCACCAGGAUCUGCUGCAGAGCGACUUCAUAGACAGCUACAAAAACCUGACCAUCAAGACCAUGGUGAUGAUGGAGUGGUUGAGCUCUCGCUGCCCCAACGCCUCCUACGCCAUGAAGAUCGACUCAGACAUGUUCCUCAACGUGAACACCUUGGUCAACAUGCUGCUUCACGCUCCAAAGCAGAACUAUAUGACUGGACUAGUGGCCCGACGGGGUGUUGUUCUAAGAGCCCAUAAAUCCAAAUGGUAUCUUCCAAAGAAGGUGUUUCCUGAACCGGUAUAUCCACCUUACGCUCUGGGCCUGGGCUAUGUCUUCACCUUAGACCUCCCCAGGAAGCUGGUGGAGGCGUCCAGGCAUGUUAAAGCCGUCUACAUAGAGGAUGUGUAUCUGGGACUGUGUAUGAGACACCUGGGCAUCCGGCCUACUGACCCCCCCAAUGGAAACCUCUUCCAUGUUUCCCCUGUGGCUUAUGACCGCUGCACCUACUCACGGCUGAUAGCCACCACCACAUACAGUAUCACUCACCAGGUCAACGCAUGGACAGACCUACACAAACCUGGUCCUCCCUGCUGAUCUCAUACAUCACUUCCUCCCUGCUGAUCACAUACCCCAACAAACUGACUGAUGUACCAAUCCCUUCCUCGUUUUUUGUUCUUGCCAACGAUGUAAAUCUGGUGAAUUUGUAAUGCAUUUCCACUUUGAUUAAAAUGUUUAAUGAUCAUGAUGAUGUUACUGAAUUUGGAUUAGAUACACUUCCAGUCUUAUAUCCUUUGUGGUGCUGUGAGUUACUGCAACCCCCAAGAAAAAUCUACAUUGGGGAACAAGUUAUUGUACUGAGACGUGACCACAAGAAAUGUGCAGAGGUACAAUUGUGUGUGAGAGUUAUUUUUCUACUUUAUUUGAAUAAAUGUUUUUAUUUCAUGGCCUAACUGUACAUAAUGAGUAAUUUACUACUUGAGUAGUUCUCAUCAUUGUUACAAAGAUCUAUCCAUGCUCAUAGUUAUGUAUGGUCACUAGAAGGUUUACAAGAUCAUAUGGUUUAUGUUUAUAAGGCAUAUGAACUAGUUUYUUGAGAAGCUAGCCGGGGGACCAGCGCUGGUUUGGUUCUGGGUUCAGAGAUUAUUUAAAUGAUAAUGCCCAAGGAUAUAUUGGCACGGGUGUUGUUAGGCCUGAGACAAAGUCAAGGGUGGGCAAAUUUGUCAAUAUAUCCCCCAAACACCGGACAUUAUCACUUUUAUACAAUGGAUUACCAACAUAUUCAAAUAACG